AUGUCGAUUCGAAAACGUCAAAAAAGAAUUGAAAACAAAAUUACAAUUACACAAUUUGAACAAUUUCAUGAUGAAUUAGUAUUAAAAUGUUUUGAUUAUCUUGAUUUUAAUUGUCUAUAUGAUAUAUUUUAUAAUUUAAAUCAACGUUUUAGAAGAUUAAUUGAAUGUCAAAAGAAAAUUCAAAUUAAUUUUAAUUCAAUUCCAUCGAAAAAUUUUUUGAGAUUUUUUUUUCAAAUAAAUCAAUAUAUAAAAAGCGAUAAAAAUUAUUUUCUAUCAAUUCUAACUGAUAAUAAAUGUCGACUUAAUUUAAUAUUAGAAGAUGAUUUAUUUAAAGAAAUAUCUUUAAAACUAAAAUCAUUAUCAUUAUCAAAUAUCGAUGCUGGAACAAUAAAUUCUCUUAUAUUUAAUAAAACAUUAAAAUUAUAUAAAAGAUUAGAACGAUUAAAUUUAUUCGAGAAAAUUAGUGAAAAACAUGAAGGAAGUAAUGAUAUUGAAUGUAAGAGUUUAUGUAAUAAUUUGUUAUCAUCAAGAAUGAAAUCAUUAAAAUAUUUAAGAUGA